GUUUCCCUUCCAUUUAUACUGUUAUCUUUAGUGACAAAAUGCACUUCUGUGUAUAGUCAUGCAUUAUAAGGGAAGGUUUAUCAUGAAAUAACUAACGUUUUACGAUUAUUUACUCGAGUUCAUCGAUUUUAACGGAAAUUUUCUUUUACACAGUUAUAAAAAACAACUUAAUUAUUUAAAAAAAGCUUUGAAGAAAGCAUUGAACAUUUAUUAAUGAAAUAUUUUAUUAAACCUAAUCAAGACUGUUGUUGAAAAUAUAUUUCAAUUGGUUGCAUUUUUCAUUAUAAUGGUUAAGUAUUUCGAAGACAAUACAACAUUUUACUUUAAUUGGAAGCAAGUUGUACAAGGAUUUUGGGUUAAAUAUCCCAAUCCUCACAGCUCGCAUGUCUUAUCAGAAGAUACUAUAUCAAGAGAAGUUAAGGAAGGCAAGCUAUAUUCUAAGCGUCUUUUGACAAAAACAAACGGUGUACCAAAAUGGGGUGAAAUGUUGAUUAAGAAAAAGUCUGUUAAAAUAGUUGAGGAAAGUAUAUUGGAUCCAGAAGCAAAGACAUUGACAACGUAUUCGAGAAAUUUUACCUACAACAAGGCAAUGAGUGUUAUUGAGAAAGUUGUUUAUCGAGUAUCGGAUGAAAACCCUUCAUGGACUACAGUACACAGAUCGGCAUGGAUAUGGAGUUGUGUACUUGGAUUUAGUAAAGCAAUUGAAGCAUUUGGACAAGACAGAUUAAAAAAGAAUUAUAUUAAAAUGUCAUUAGGUUUCAAUGACGUUCUUGGACGUAUGUUUCCACAAACAGCACAAUUAUCAACUUCUUACAGCAGUAUUCAACCUGACGAUACAACUGCAAGUAAAUCAAUUUUAGCUGAAGGAUUGCAACAUUCAUUGAAAGACAAAGCAGAACAAGUUAAAGAUGCUGCUAAAAAAGCUUCAGAUUUAGCUAAGCAAAAGACUGGUCAAUUUAUGUAAUAUAUAGAAGAUUCAGAUUAAUUAAACUUAAAUAAAACAUUAGCGAAUAAUUAAGUGCUGUACCAGAUGAAGAAAUUCAAUAGAACACGUAUUAAUAGUAAAAAAUAACAACAGCAAAAAGAAUUAGAUCACUUGGAACUUUUUGUCUAGAAAAAUCAAUUUAAUAUAUACCGAAUCUCUAACUUUUAAUGUUAGGAAUUUUUUCUUUAAAAUAUUUUUCUUUAUAAAUCUUCUCUCUCGUCACAAUAUAUAGAAAAAUUAAUGAUUUGUAUUACUUUUGUUUUACAAAACAUAGUUAAUUGUAUUUUAAACAAAAAUUACCAUUCCUUUUUAACUGCCGGAGUUCCCAGAAUAUAUAUAAUAUUAAGAAUAUCUCCUGUAUCGAAUUAUUUAAGGUUUAGUGCAUAUAUAAUUAAUCUAAAAUACACUUUUUAGAUACGAUAUACGUACUUACGUGACUUAUACUCUACUACUCGUUUAAAAUAAAAUAUACGAGUUUCAUUAUUAUAAAAA